GCAUGGACAUGGAUAUAUAUUCCCCUCCAACAUUAGCAUGGACAUGGAACGAACGGACCAAAAAUUAGAGUGCGGCUCUCUAUCGACCACUCGAGCUGAGGCCCGCCGCCGUUCCCGUUUCCUAGCUCCACGCAUGCAGCGAACCCCCCUCCACCACCCAUGUCUCGUAUUUACCCCCCUCCGUCUUCCCCCGCCGGCCACCUUCCUAAUUGAUCCCCUCCUUCCCACACGAACACACAUACGCAGCCGCUAGCUCGUACAUAAACGUGAGCCGGCACCAAUAAAGCAGCCAAUGGCGCGACCAACAAGCCGCAUAAUGCUACCGCUGGGCCUCGUGCUGGCGCUCCUGGCCAUGGCCCCGGCAGCGGUGGUGGCGAACGAGCAGAUGGUGGCCCAGAUCUGCAAGAGCACGCCGUACCCGGAGCUGUGCACGGCGACGGCGGGGAAGCAGGUGGGGCACUACGCGGCGUCCCCCGUGGACGCGCUGGCGGUGCUCAACAUGCAGGUGGACGCGUUCGAGAAGCGCACGGCGGCGGCGAGGGCGCGCGUGGGGAAGGUGUCCGCCGGGGUGACCCCCAAGGCCAAGGAGGCCCUGGACCUCUGCGACAACCUCUACAACGACGUGAUCGACGCCCUUGGCGCCGCCCGCCGCGCCAUCGUCUUCAAGGACGCCGUCACCAUCCGCGCCAUGAUGAGCAUGGCGGCGCAGGCCAUGCAAGGCUGCGACGAGAAGUUCAGGCAGGUGGGAGAGAAGAACCCCAUGACACGCUUCGACCAGUCGCUGCUCAACAUCUCCGAGAACUGCCGCGCGCUCUCCAACAAGAUCUGAUCUGAUUAAUCCAGGAUCAGACACGCGCAUAUACUUCCUAUACCACUCACCUUAAUUCAUUUUGUUAUAUAUUACAAACGACCGGCCUGCCUGACCUUAAUCUGUUCACUGCAGUACUUACGUACGUACUUAUUGCUGCCGCUAUAGCACACGUUCAAGUGUGUUUUUGUAAUUUCUUUCGUUAAUAUCGUCACAUCUUGUUUUUACUGCCCGGCCGCGAGAUGUGUUAAUUUACUCAAUCUUUGGGAAGGGUAAGCGAAUUGGAGUCUGUGUUUUUUGUUGUUGCCUUUUCUCUCUCUCUCUCUCUGAAUUCUGAAUCUGAAUCGAUCACAAUUACAUA